CCUUAUAAUCGGCUGUGGGCCAAGCACGGCUGCUCUCCCUGUUGCUCUCUGCAGCUCGCCUCCGCCUCCGCCUCCGCCGCCGCUCGGCUCCAUCGCGAUCCACCCAUCUCUUCCCUUCCAUUCCACCUCUCGCGUCGCCGUCCUCCCCCUCCUCUGCUGGUACUUGACUGGACUUCCGAGGAGCGGAGAUCCAUCCCUGCGGAACUUGGAUUGAUUUCUUGUUUCCUUGGCGACGCCCAUGGCCACCUUCGAGCUGUACCGGAGGUCCACCAUCGGCAUGUGCCUCACCGAGACGCUCGACGAGAUGGUCUCUAGCGGCACCCUCAGCCCGGAGCUCGCUAUUCAGGUCCUUGUCCAGUUUGACAAGUCUAUGACGGAUGCGUUGGAAAACCAAGUGAAGAGCAAAGUUAAUGUUAAGGGCCAUCUGCACACCUACAGGUUCUGUGACAAUGUCUGGACAUUCAUCUUGACAGACGCACAAUUCAAGAACGAGGAGACCACAGAACAAGUGGGAAAGGUGAAGAUUGUGGCCUGCGAUUCCAAAUUACUCAGCCAAUAGGUUGCUGGUGCAAGCUCUUGGUGGGUUUGUCAGGCAUUAGUAGUCCUCUUCCGCUACACCUGGCUCCCACGUAGCAUUGCUGUUUUCUAAUCAAUGUGUAUCUAUACAAUCUACUGUGAUACCAGAAUAUCACAGCAGCUGCAAACUUGUCUGAGUUAGCGCUUAUGUAACAAUUUUGCGCUUUCUGUGUUGAUAAUAUGGUAUAACUAAAUGACUAAAGGAAGAGUAGUAGAACUUUGUGCGGAA